AUGGCGCCGUUAUCUACCACCAAGGAAGUUCCUAUGUCCGAAAAGCAAACCUCGCAGUAUGUCCGCAGUCAAGAAUAUACAUCCGGAAAGAUCCAACCCACUUUAUCGGCAUCCACUCUGCUAUGCUUCGGCGACGGCGGGCCAGACACGGAGCAGAGCAUCGAAAUUACCUCUCAUGAUUUCAAAGAAGGCGACUUUGUCUGCCCUGGCUUCUUCGAAAUGGUAAACCCAGAUUGCUUCGUCCACAGGUUUCUCACUCAGGACUGGAAUUAUCAAAUGAGGAGAGUAGCUCAACCGAUCUUGCCCUUUCUCUAUCUGGGUCCAAUGGCGUGCCUGCGGGAUAGGGAAUACCUCCAAAGAGAAGGGUUUACACUGCUCCUGGCAAUUCGAAACCAGCGGUCGGCCCAAGCACGCCUCGUAUCCGGUGACAAGGCAGCUUCAGAACUGGGUAUCGAGGCCGAUUCCGUCGAUGUUUCCGGCAACCAAGAGCUGAUUACCGCGUUCCCUCGUGCAAUUCGACGUAUCAAUGAUCACAUUGCUAGUCAGGGCCGGGGCAAAUUCGGAUCUCCUAUCCAGAGGAAGGUUCUGGUGUUUUGUGAGUCUGGCAACGAGCGCUCAGCUGCAGUAUUGAUAACGUAUAUGAUGGUCAUGUUCAAUUUGGAUGCAAUGGCUGCGCUUAAGACCCUGCAAAACCGGCGCUUCUGUGUCAGUAUCGAGGAUGAUUUGAGUCAGCUGCUGAUGAGCUUCGAGUCGAUUCUUGAGGCUAAGAGGGACGUGGAAAGAGUUAGGCGUGUAUCCAUUGCGGAAUCAGAUAUUGCCCCUCCUCCGGUGUCGGCCCCAAAGAAAAGGAAUUUUGAUUCUCACGUCGAUGAAGCAAUGGAAGACCAUGUCAUGGAUGUGGAUAGGAACCAAGAGUGGGAUGCUAGGAAGCCGAUGGCUCCAUUCCAGGACCGCGUAUAG